GGGCUGUUUCACAAAAUCUACUUCUAAGUAAUUGCUCUAUAGAUCCUAUAUCUAUCUAUAUGAAGAAGAAAUCAUGUAACGGGGGGGAUUCUUUUUUGUACAGAUGGUACUACGAACUUGGAACAAGCAUGAAGAAAUUAACGAUACUUCUCUAUCUUUUGAGCUGUUCCGCCGGAUCGGUCGCUCAAGACCUUUGGUCUCUACCCGGCCCUAAUGAAAAAAAUGAUGGGAUCACUUCGUAUAAACUCCUUGAGAAUGAUUCUGAUCUAGUUCAUGGCCUAUUAGAAGUAGAAGGUGCUCUGGUGGGAUCCUCACAGACAGGAAGUAAGUUUGAUAAUGAUGGAGUGACAUUGCUUCUUCGCACCGAACGAAGGAAUCCCUUAACUAUGAUUCAAAAUGGAUCUCGUUCUAUCCUUGAUCAGAGAUUUCGCUAUGAAAAAUAUGAAUCGGGGUUCGAAGAAGGGGAAGGAGUCCUCGACCCGCAGGAAGAUUUAUUCAAUCACAUAGUUUGGGCCCCUAGAAGAUGGCGCCCUUGGGGCUUUCUAUUUGAUUGUCUUGAAAGGUCCAAUGAAUUGGGAUUUCCCUACUGGAAAAGGUCAUUUCGGGACAAGGAGAUCAUUUAUGAUGAAGAGGAUGAGCUUCAAGAGAAUGAUUCAGAGUUCUUGCAGGAUGGAACCAUGCAGUACGAGAGACGAUAUAGAUCUUCCCAAGCCCAAGAACAAGGCUUUUUUCAAAUAAGCCAAUUCAUUUGGGCCCCCGAGGAUCCACUCUUUUUGCUAUUCCAAGAUGAUCCUCUUGUAUCUGUGUUUUUACGUCGAGAAUUUUUUGCAGAUGAAGAGAUAUCAAGGAUCCUUUUCACUUGCCAAACAAAACAAAUUUUUUGGAAAUAUCAAAAUAAACGCUGGUUUAGGAAGAAUACGCAAGAGCAAGAAAAGAAUUUCGAAUUGUUGAUUGAUCGCCAGAGAUGGUUUCGAACCAAUAGUUCAUUAUCAAAUGGAUUUUCACAUUCUAAAACUCUAUCCGAGAGUUAUCAAUAUUUAUCAAAUCUAUUCCUGUCUAACGAAACCCUCGUGGCUCAAAUGACAAAGACAUUGUUGAGAAAAAGAUGGCUUUUCCCGGACGAGAUGGUUCUUAGUAUCUGUGCUAAUAAUGAAUGAUUGCUUUAACCGAAUAACAAAAAAUUCUUCUUUCUCUGUCGAUAUGGGGAUCUUCUCAAUUGAAAGAUCCCCUAAAUAUCGAUAAUACGGAUUUUUUACGUUUUCAUUUUAUACCUAAAACCCCAAGAAAUUAAUAUGAAAAUUUUCAAUUAUAUGAGAUCCCUCUUUGGUUUGAUCAAUUAAAGGGCGUCCCAGUUGUAUUCAACAGGCGGCACAAUGACCCAGAUCGUUUUGUGUUUUUCCGGCUUCUUUGAAUAAAUCUAAAAGGAUCGCUGUUGAAUUUUUGGAUUAACAUUCAACCGUCAUUGAGAAUUCUGAAAAAUUUUUAAAACGGCAAAACAAUUUUUCAACAUUUUCCAGUUAUUUCUAGUAGAAAUUAUCAAGAAAGGUCUGACUAAUUUAAUCGAAUCUCUAAAACGCCUUUUAAAAAAUGAACGCGUGUUAAAUCGCUUCGCUUUUUAUUUGGCUUUAUUAUGGAUCUU